CGCGCGGGGCGCACGUAACUUGACGUGCUGUAUCGCUGUCGUGUUUUUAAUAAACAAUUGUCAUAAACAAUUUGCUCGUGGUCGGGUAUUAAUUGGCACUUUGAAGGUAACGGAUAUAUCGAGGGUACCGAGCUGGACGGCUUCCUCAAGGAGUUCGUCUCCAGCGCCAACUUCACAGACAUCAGCCCGGACGCGGUGUCAGACGAAAUGCUCGUGGAGCUGAAGGCUUGCUUUAUGGAAGCUUAUGACGAUAACCAAGAUGGAAAAAUUGACAUCAGAGAGCUCGCGCAGCUAUUGCCGAUGGAGGAAAACUUUCUUCUGCUGUUCAGAUUCGAUAACCCCUUGGAGUCGAGCGUCGAGUUUAUGAAGAUUUGGCGCGAAUACGACACUGAUGGCAGCGGGUACAUCGAAGCGGAUGAAUUAAAGAAUUUCCUACGUGACCUGCUGAAAGAAGCGAAGAAAAUCAAUGACGUCUCAGAAGAUAAACUUAUCGAGUACACUGAUACAAUGCUGCAAGUCUUCGACUCAAAUAAAGAUGGCAGAUUACAACUGUCUGAAAUGGCAAAACUCCUUCCCGUUAAAGAGAACUUCCUUUGCCGUCAAGUGUUCAAGGGCGCCACCAAACUGACGAAGGAUGAUAUCGAAAGGGUAUUUUCGCUUUACGACAGGGAUAACAACGGGUCCAUCGAAAACGAAGAACUUCGUGGAUUCCUUAAAGAUCUUCUGGAACUCGUCAAAAAGGACUACGACGCCCAAGAUCUGCUGGAGUUUGAGGAGACGAUACUCCAAGGAGUGGAGUACAGCAGCGAAGGAAAGAUAAGUAGGAAGCAACUCACCAUGAUAUUAUUGGCCCUAGCGAAGCACAACCAGGAAGAAGAACCAACAACACCAUAAGCCAGCAUAAGAGAUAUCGCCACUCCGUCCCGACGUCCGAACGAAUUUGUAUAGACGAGAUCUGAAGCGGUUAAGAGGCAACUGAGGUAUAGAAUUGGAUAUUUUUCUUGGAGACCUUAAAUAGAUAGACAUAGAGUUCUAUUUCUUCUAAGGUGAUAUACUCUCGUUUUGCAAUUAUGGACAUUCUAAUCAAUGGACAUCUUUCAUAGUCUUAAAGGUAAUUAAGGUAUUUUUUGACUGUCAUACCUAUACGGCUAUCAAAGCAGUCCUUCGUUUAGAACACCUGGUAUUGCAAAAAGACGGAUUCGCGCCUGUACACGGAUUAGAGCAAACUAUACAAAGAUAAGUAUUGUCGCUCUCUGGCGCAAAACUUAAGCAUUUUUUUAAGAUUUCACAAAGUUAAGCAGUUUUAACAAUGCUAGAGACAGUGGUGUAUUAAUAGAGCGGCGUGAGGGACAAAAUUCUACAAGCCCCGGCUUUAAGGGAUCCCGAAAUGUUAAAUUUACAACUUUUUGGCCUAAAAAAAGUACAGAUUUUUCAUGUAAGGAAGGGCCUUAUUCAAUAACAUGUCACGAGACUUUGAAGAUAUACUGACGCCACUGGCUAUAUGCAUUUGAAUUUACACUGUACUCAUGAGAAGUAAAUUAUACUCAAACUAUGUAGACCAACUCCCUUUAAAACCUUCAAUCAUGUUUCCAUUAAGUAUUGAAGUAAAAUUAUCCGCAUAAUAAAAUAUCUCAGUUGCCUCUUCGUUCGAGUUGACUGCUUAAAAUCCGACGUAGUGUUACAGUGAUGAAGUUUUCCCAAAUUAAAAUAAACACCAAAAUAUAAGUUAAUUCAAAUAUCUUUGUAAACUUAGGCUAGGCGGUCUGUAAAAUCAUAAUAUUGUCAAUCAGAAAAACAAUUUGUUUAAGACUUCGAGCGCCUUCAAAUUGCGCUUGCGCAAAAUUAUUGCUUUGAUUGAUUUAUUCUUGCUCAUUUGUAAUUGUAUAGAUAGCGAUUGAAAUUUAUAGAAAUCAGCCUUGAUAGAGUUUACUUUAUGUGUAGGUACGGUUUUUCUUUUUUUUACACUAGAUAAUCCAGAAGUUACGGAUUUCUGCCGGACUUGCCGGUAUAAACCGUUCUGCCAACUAAAACUCUGCCAUUUAACUCUCUCUCCCAAAUAUCGAAGGUAGCGAGAUAUGCAAGUCGACGCUUGAAAGGCAAUCAUAUCUAAGCGACAAACAUACCUAAAAUGAAUUAUAUAAAUAAUUUGAAUUGCCAUUUUUUUCUACAUCGUUUGAUCUAGGUUUUGUAAUUCUAGAACAAUUUUAACAACAUUAGACUAUAUCUUUAUAAAAUAAAAUGUUGAAUUGUUACGAAUUUUCAUAUUAAAAUCAUAACUUUAAAGCACUCUACUCAAAAAAAUACAGAUUGUCGCUUAAAUAUUAUUGGCUUUCAAGCGUUGAAGUGCAUGCAACCACAAUCCUCGCAACUUUCAGUGUACAAGUGGAGAGAUCCUAAUGAGUAUAACAAUGUAUUUGAAAACUCUAUCACUGUAACUACGUCGUAAUAAAGUUGAGAUAAACUGUCGUGAUUCUAAAUGACAUCUAGAAUAAGCUUAUUCGAAUCAUGACCCUUUAUCUCAAACCUCGGUUAGGUGCUUUAAGUUUUUACUGAAACCUAUUUGAUUUCGUCAUUGAUGGCUGUGUUAAGCACAUUGUAAAAUAAUCUGACGGGUAUUAAUUUUUUUUAUGCUUAGAAAAUCAAAUUCAUGUCAAGCCAAAGUGAUUGCCAAAUAUUUAAAACUAGCUAUGUAAUAGCAACAAUUUAGAUUCCGGAGAUUAUGCGUGUGAUGAAAUAUUAGCAAAAAUACAUUUCCAUUUUUUUAUGAUUAAGUCACGAAUAAAUCUUGUCUACACUCAUGGCUCAAUUGACUGACAUAAUAUUCCUAAUUCACUGUGCUUAAUAUUUCUAUAAAAUUCUCCAAAAUAUUCUUAAAAAUAAACUUUUGACGCACCUUAGACUAUUUUCAUAAUGUCCUUUAAAUGAAAAAUACAGUAGAUUUUGAAUAUUAAACAAAUCCUACAUAUCAUUCCGAAAUGAUUUUCCCAAGAAAUAAAAACAUAAUAUUUUAAUAGAAGUUUAAAAUUGGAACACCGUAAAUUAUAAAAAACUCCUGGCAUUAACAAUUUUUUUUUCUAUUUCUUUUUUAUAUUUUUUCCAGCUUGUUUCAUAUAAAAACCUUUUUAAUCUUUAUCAAUAAAAUACAGUGUCGUCUUCUUUCAUUCCUUCCUUUUUCUAUUUUUAUGCAAAAAAUAUUACUAAUGUACAAAAAGUAUAUCGAGUAUCAGGCCUAAUAGCUAAAGACCGGACGUUAUUGAAUAUUUUUCGUAAUAUUAUAUUAAAAAAAUCUUUAUGUCGUACUGCUUAAGUUCAAAAUUGAAAAUAAGAUAACACUAUAAUGUGGGUCUCCCUUAGGUAUUCAACAUGACAUGACGCCUUCCCAUAAUGAUCAUUUGACCAAGAUGUCCGGUCUUCAGAAACGAAAUCAUCUAAACAAUGUACAUAGGUUGUGAUGCUUCGCGUCAUUCGUACUUAGAAACCUGAAAUGCAUUAGUAAAUCGAUGUGCUUUAGAUCUUUCUAAUAAAUGUCUUCGCUUCAAAAUUGUUCGUAGGUGUCUUAUGUGAUCGUCUGCAGAGGAAAUUAAAAGAUAUUAUAAAUCGGAAUACAUUUCUUAAGUAUCAAAUUAUUUUAAAUUGGUGACAUUUUGUUUUGAUGACAUUAUCAAGCACUUAUCAUGUUAAAAUAUCGGAUAAAAUACUAUUUUAAUAUAAGUAUAGUAAGCUACCAAAAUAGUCAAUAGAUGAUUAAAAAAAAGAAUAUUUUCCACCUGAAAUAGAAUGCAGCAAAAAACGUAGCAGAGUGGACGAUCACCCUAACAACAAACUAAUUUAUUUUCGAAUCGAUAUUUUUAUUAUUUCGUUUAGAUCGUAAGGUAUAUCUCGAUGUUAAUUUAAAUGUGAACGUAAUCCUUCGGUGUGUAGCGGCCUUUUCGUGUUUAUUCGUUUGUCUAUGGAUAGCAUAAAAAUCUGUGUUGUGAUGAAAUAGUUAGCUUUAAUGGAAGUACCUAAUGUAUUUUAACAAUAUUCACAAGAUCUGUGUUUGGGAUUCGGUCAACUUUUAAUAAAAUUAAAGUUGUUUGUAUUUUACUUUUUACAAUUUCUAAACGUUUGUUUUGUUAACGUUAUUUCGUCAGUAUUGAAAUUUCGUUUCAUUAAAGUCGAUUUUAACUAGUAAGGUACUAGUAAAGUAUUCUCUGUUGUUUUAAAUAAACCAAUGUACAAAUUUGUGAUAAGUUUGAUCUUACUUACUCGUUUGAAAGAUGGUAUAGAAAUGUAUAUGAUUUAUAUUAUCUAUGGUUUUGAUCUGUCCAUUCAAAAAGUUUUUUUUUUCACGAUAUUAUCUAUGUUCUAUAAAUGGAAUAUCGAUACCCAAAUGCAGAAACUAAACUGAACAAUCAAAUAUCAGUGAACUAGGUACUUAAGUACCGACAAAACUCCAAUUAAAUCAUGUUAUAUAAAUGUUAUAAAUUAAUAAAAAAAUAUAUAAAAUGGAUGUUUAGAUAUUGAUGUAUUAUUUAAUUUUGGGUAUAGUUGGAGCUGGCGAUGUUUUAAGAAAGUUAUGCCUAAUUUAUUACAUACAACCAGUGCGACUUAAAAAUACAGUCGAAUUGAAAAUUUUCUCCUUUUUUUGAAGUCGGUUAAAAAUGUACUUCGCUGCCUAAUGCCAUCCCUCUUCCGCUUUCGUCGAUUUUAGUCUACUAUCUAUGCUUAUGUCAGUUGAGCGGUAUACUCAUCUCGUCAUUUAAUUGCAAAAAAAUAAAUUCACAAAAUUAACUUUUUUAACAAGCAGCAACUUGCACAGUUAAAUAGGAUGGUAAUUUUUUGAUUCUUCGAAUACUAAUGUACCCAAAAUAUAAAACCAUUUAAUUGCCUCUUUAGAACUACAGGUGAAUUCGUGUGUAUUUCAAAGCUUGCAAUAGAAAUGCUGAUUUUUGCCCUGAGUUGCCCUGUUUUGGAACUUAUGCCCGAUAUGAUGAUAAACUCAUGCCCUAUCACAUCGUGGGACAAAUUAGUUCCAAGAAACUUUGCAGAAUCAGUAUUACCGACUUUGCAGUAUUCACUAUCAAUUUUAUUAUAUUCGGGUUACGCAGUUUAUCUGAUCAUGCGCUAACUCCAACUAAACCUGAAAAUCAUUGUAAAAGAAACAACAUAGUAAAUAGUCGAUAUUGCUUAAAUAUUUAUUAAGUCAAGAGAUGUUAAUCAAGUAAAGGCAAAA